CGGAACACUAGAAAAUGCAUAGAACAUGAAAUUGAAAGUGUAUCCAACUGCUGAUAGCACCAUCUGGCACGAGGUGUAUGGUACUUUUUUCUAUGUCCAUUCCAGUCCAUUUAACCUUUCGCCCCGGUCUAAACAGUUUUCCAUUUUAGUUUCGUUAAAAGGAACGUGCAAUAAACUGAAGUGAGGUGAGCGUAUCUGAGAUUGAUAUUACAUGGGAAAGUUUACAUUGGAUCCCACAACUUUUGUAUUAAACGUUUUUUCUUGAACGGUAAACAAAAAAGUUGAAAGGGUUAUCAAUUUAUAUCGAGACACCCUAUACACCCUUUGUGUUAGGGGACUUACAGUAAGAACAGGAAGGCCGAGACUCGACGUAGGUGCUGAAGAUAGAGUAUUACGAGUAAUUGGAAAUGAGUUCUCAGGCCUACAUGAAUUAUCGACGAAGGAGCACAGUUGGAUGGAGUAUAGGAAAUAUAUUUCUAGAUUUCACUGGUGGAUCACUGAGUAUGCUGCAGAUGAUAAUCGAUUCAUAUAACUAUGGAACAUUAAUGACAGUUGUUAAUUUCCAAGGACCAGAAAAUCACCAUUGCUAAGUGAGGUGUUAAUAAAAAUAAAAGACGAUUACCAACUGCAUACACUACGUCACAAAGGACUUGAUUUAAAAUUCCACCUUCACCCCUUAAGGUUUUUAACUAGUUUCUUCAUGUUUACCUUUGUUAAUUUUUCAAAGUUAUUAAAUACUCCACUAUGUACUCUAAUAAUAAAGGGCAUAACAUUUUGUGGACGUGGUAUAUCCCUUAUUAUACUAUCAAUGCUAU